AUGGCCACCGCCUGCGUAGAAGCUGCUGCCGCCGCCGCCGUCACCCGCCGCCACGCCGCCGCGCAGCCGACCCGCGUCGCCAUAGGCACCACGGACGACUACGAGGAGGAGCCCUGCUGCCUUGGCGCGGGAUCCUUCGGCGCCGUCGUCAGGGCGCGCCACCGCCGCACCGGCCGGGCCGUCGCCAUCAAGCGUCUCCGCACGCCCGCCGGCGGCCACGCGGCGCUGCUGCGGGAGGCGCUCUUCCUCCAGGCGUGCGCCGGGAACCCCUUCGUAGUCGGCUCCUGCGGCCCCGCCCGCGACCCGGCCACCGUGGAGCUCUGCCUCGUCAUGGACUGCGUUCUUGAGUUUGUAACAAGGUUGCUGGCAGCCUGGCAGACCAUGAGGUUGUAA